AUGAUUGUUACCAGUCAGGUCUGCAGCUACAGCCGGCAGCCAGUCAGCACAAUGACAAAAAGGGUGAUAUUUGUCAGCAUGGCUCCAUCCAAAGCAACUGAAGACCACAAUGCCUUUGAAAAGGAGGAAAAACAAGUUCCCGAGAAACUCAUUCCAGUAGUUGCAGAGGAGGCAGCUCCAUCGCCCAAGGAAUUACCUGCUCAAGAAAACAUUCCAGUAACCUCAAAAGAACCAGUAAUAAUCGAAGAUCAGGUCUCAGAUGUCUCUGAAGAUGCUGUGUCUCAGGAGGAGGAAACUGACGUGGCCUUAGCAGAGCCAUCACCAGAGGACACUUCUGACCCCGCUCCAGAGGCACUGGCCCCAGUCAUACCUUUGGAAACUUCAGAAGAUGAAGCACCAGAUGAAAAUGUGGAAGAAGAAACUGCUAUUGAUGUGGUCAAUGCUGUUGUCAAGGAAACCACAGAACAGCAGGGUCUGGAUGAUCCAGCUCCAGAAACUCUGGAUGCACCUGUCCCAGUCCUACCUUUGGAAACACCAGAGGAUGAAGCUCCAGUAGGAAAUUUAGAAGAAGAACCCUCUGUUGCUGAAUCCACUGAAGACCAUGGUCUGGAUGAUCCAGCUCCAGAAACUCUAGAUGCACCUGUCCCAGUCCUACCAUUGGAAACAUCAGAAGAUGAAGCUCCAGUGGGAAAUUUGGAAGAAGAACCCUCUGUUGCUGAAUCCAUUGAAGACCAUGGUCUGGAUGAUCCAGCCCUGGUAGCACCAAUCCCUGUUAUUCCUGUAGGGUCAUCAGAAGAUUCAGAGGACAAUGCAGCUGAAGAACCUGCACCAGGAGAGCCUUUACCUUUACCAGAAGAAGAGGAACCUGUUGUCAUUGUCACUGCAGAACUUGAGGCAGUGGAGGAACCUGAUGUGGAGGAAACAGAACCACAAGAGUCAACCCCGGGAGAUCCAGCUGACAUUGUUCCUUUGGGUCCUUCAGAGCUGGAAGAACAAGUCCAAGAGGAAACUGCACCAGAAGAGUCAAUUCCUGCUUUAAUUGUUCCGGUGGAACUAGAGCCAGAUCAAGAGCAAGAACAAGACCAAACAGUUGCAAUAGUUUCUUCUGAAUUGAAUGAAGAGGAAGCAUCAAAAGAACUUGCUGAACAAGAAGAAGGUGCUGCCCCAGUAGUCUUGGAAGAGACAGAUGAAGUGGACCCUCUUACUAUUGAAGAACCUCUUCCCAGUACAUUAGAAGAAGAUGAAUCCGUUGACCUUCUUCCUACAGAGUUUGAGAUUGAGGAGGAGGGUCAUGUGGAACCUGCUGCUGAGGACACAGCACCUGAAGAGUCAGCCAGAGAAAAUCAAGAUGUGAUUGUUCCUUUGGAUCCAGAAGAACUACAGCUGGAGGAAGACACUGAAGAAGAAUUGAUCCCCAUUGUCUCACCAGAAGAGCCAGAAGAAGAAGAAGCACCAGAAGAGGAUACAGAAUCAGAGGCUGCAGUGGUGCCUGUCCCAGAUGUCACAGAGGAUGCUAUCGAAGAGGACCCUGCUACCAAGGAAGAAGGUCCUCCUAGUGAAGUGGAAGAGGAGGAAUCUGUAGUCCUUGUCCAUGAAGAACUUGACAUGGUAGAAGAAGUAGUGGAUGAGGAAACAGCAUCAGAGGAACCUGAUGUUGUUCUUGUGGAACCUACUGGUGAGGAAACAGAUCAAGAAGACCCAAUCCUCAUUAUUCCUCUUGAAGAGGAUGCUCCAGAGGAAGAAGUUGUCCAAUCAGAACCUCUCCCAGAAGACGAAAAAGUCAAGGAAACAGGUACUGAAGAGUCUGAGGUAGAUGACAGUGAUGCAGAGGUACUUAUCACAGUCACAGAAACCCCAUCUGUGAAUGAAACCAUAGAAAUAGUUCAAGAACCUGGCCAGGAAGUUGUGGUUGUUGCAACAGAGAUCGUAACUGAAUCCCCAAUUGACCCUAUAACAGCUGGUGUCCCAAAUGGGACGGAUGCACAAGGUGACAUCUUUCAAUCUCCUCUGGACAGUGGAAACAGCACCAUAAAUGGGACAUUCAUUGUAGAUUUGAAAGCAGCAGCAAUAUCAACAGAGGAAGAACCUAUAGCUCUGGUGAACAGGGGGACGGUGCUCGGUGCAGCAUUCUUCACGCUGAUGUCUUUUAUCAUUUUUGGAUUUGUUUGGACAACUGUAUCCAAGAAACUGCGCUGAACCCGAGACAUUGAAGUAAAUCAAUUCAUGAAUGGAUCAGCUGUUUGAUAAAAAAAGAAUUGAAACACUGAACACGGAGUAUCUCUAGAUUGGAUCUUUGCUGAAGAAGAGAGCACUGACGGGAAUCCACCAGUUCCCCAAAAUUUUUACAGCAAGGAAGCCAAUUGGAAACCACAGGUGGAAGAAGAUUUUAGAUCUUCUUCAUCUUCAGGUUCACUAUUUUACAUAGGUAGAAAUAUGUUAGAGCUUUCAGUGAAUUAUUCUGAAAUAAUCAAAGGUUGGUUCUCUAGCUAAAUGAAACCAGCUGCAUUAAAAAUGCCAUGCCAUGUUUUCUGUAAACAAAAGUUUUGUUUACACCCAGUGUGUCUCAUCAAAAUGCAUUUUGUGAACCCUUGAGAUCUGUAAAAUAUAAGGAGUAAUUUUAUAAAUAUUUUCGAUCUGUAUUUUUUCCCCAGUUAACGUGCUUGCUGGUAUUUUCUAGCCUGCUUUUGCACUUUAAAUGUUCCCACAAAUGACUGCCAACAUGGGAACAUUGAUCAAUAGUGCUACUAGUGGUCAAAAGAUCCCCAGUGUAACUUUAAACUGUGACAAUACAUUGUAUUUUACAUGAUGAUAAUAGGUUUGCAAAAUCUUUAUAUACCCAAUAGCUUAAGGUGUUGGAUAAAUAAAUGCUGUACAUACUCAUGUGAAGUAACUUCCCUUUGCCCUUUGGCCCAUUUUCCAUCUCCAGUCUUAAAACUGUGUCUCAAACAGUUGUAGCCAUUUUAUGGUAAUGUUAAAUAAACUUUAUCUGCUUAGACAUAACAUACUAAGAUAAACAAAAGAUCUGUGAUUAACAACAGAUGUGAGCAUGUGACCAAGUGCACUAAGGACACUACUUAUGCUCUAAAAACUGUAUUUUUUAAUUGAGAGUGUUUGUGUCUCAAUGUUAAUAGCCCCGUUAAGGUUUUAAAAUGUAUGUAUGAUGAAAACUUUGAUGUGUACUUGUUGAUCUUUCAUGCUAAUUGCCUCUCUUUUUAUUGUUCAGUCAAACCUCUCCAUAACAAAUGAUCUAAAAGUACAUUAUGUACAUUUCCAUUGGCCUCUUGGCUCCUACAUACAUACAUUGGUCCACCACAUGCAUGGAAAAGCACACGACUCAUGUGUGCUGUUUGAGAGCCAAGUGGACCUAUCACUUUCCCUGUCCUGUCAUACAGCAUGAGACGCAGAGCUCUCCUAUAUCAACCACUCUUUGGCAUGCUGCUGUACCAGCUAUAUGUCCCCGACUCAUCCUGCACACGGUCAUUAUUUUUAGGAUGGUGAAGGGGACAUGGUGUUCCUAAUGAAGCCUUCAGAUGUCUUCUGUAUAAAACUAUACCCCACCACAGAAUCCCAUUGUAACAAUUGUAUGCUUUAAUUGCACUUGUUGUGAGGAGCCUGUAUUCAAUAAAUGCAGGUUUACAAGA